UGGGAGACCAGAUAUAAUGAAUGCAGGGUCCGGGGAGACCAGAUAUAGUGAAUGCAGGGUCCGGGGAGACCAGAUAUAGUGAAUGCAGGGUCCAGGGAGACCAGAUAUAGUGAAUGCAGGGUCCGGGGAGACCAGAUAUAGUGAAUGCAGGGUCCGGGGAGACCAGAUAUAGUGAAUGCGGGGUCCGGGGAGACCGGAUAUAGUGAAUGCAGGGGUCCGGGGAGACCAGAUAUAGUGAAUGCAGGGUCCAGGGAGAUCGGAUAUAGUGAAUGCGGGGUCCGGGGAGACCAGAUAUAGUGAAUGCGGGGUCUGGGGAGAUCGGAUAUAGUGAAUGCAGGGUCCUGGGAGACCAGAUAUAGUGAAUGUGGGGUCCGGGGAGACCAGAUAUAGUGAAUGCAGGGUCCAGGGGAGACCAGAUAUAGUGAAUGCAGGGUCCGGGAGACCAGAUAUAGUGAAUGCAGGGUCUGGGGAGAUCGGAUAUAGUGAAUGCAGGGUCCUGGGACCCUGCAUUCACUAUAUCUGGUCUCCCCGGACCCUGCAUUCACUAUAUCUGCUCUUCCCGGACCCUGCAUUCACUAUAUCUGGUCUCUCCGGACCCUGCAUUCACUAUAUCCGAUCUUUCCAUACCCUGCAUUCACUAUAUCUGGUUCAUUUUAAAAAUGACAUUUCAUUUGCUAAAGUACUG